UCAUGUGUUCGCUGCAUGUAUGACAAAAAUGUUUCCAUGCUUUCAGCUCUUCCAAGUUGGGGUAACGCGAAUUUUUAAAGUCGUUGAGUUGAAGGGCGCUUUCUUCUUCAGUUGAUAGCUCUUGCAGGUGUGGUGGGAAACCAAUCUCAUUGGCCUCCCCACCACCGUUAGCAUUCGUCCUCCCCAGCCUCGGUCCUCUGAACACUAUAGCAAUGGUGGGCUCAGCUUCCACAAUUCUCUUCCCCUUUUAUCCUCUUCAGAUCUCCCUAUGCAUGUGUUGCAGCAACAGGGCUUGGAAAAUGAAGACCAAUUGGUCCCCUCUUCUAGGAAUGGACAAGGAAAAGGGUCACAUUGCUUGUUUCUCAUCCAAGAAGAAACUUGGCUUCAUGGACCAAAUUCUUGAUUACAUUGAAGGUGGUCCAAAGUUGAGGAGAUGGUAUGGAGCUCCUGAUCUCCUUCCAAAAGAUGGAUCCACUGAAAAAUUAGAUGAAAUUACAGAGGAGGAAGAAGUCAGGGAUGCAGUUUUAGUAACAGAUGGAGAUAGUGAGAUUGGCCAGAUGGUGAUAUUGUCGCUGAUCGUCAAACGAAUUCGAGUUAAAGCACUAGUGAAGGAUAAGCGGGCUGCUAUGGAAGCCUUUGGCACUUAUGUUGAGUCAAUUGCUGGUGCUUCAAAUGAUAGCACAUCCGUGAAGAAGGCUCUCAGGGGUGUUCGUGCAGUUAUAUGUGCAAAUGAUGGUUUUGUAUCUAAUGUUGAGGGCUGGAAAGGAUUGGAGCAUGUGAUCCUAUUAUCUCAGUUGUCUGUUUAUAGAGGCAAUAGUGGGAUUCAAGCAAUGAUGAAUAGCAAUGCAAGAAGACUUGCAGAGCAAGAUGAAUCUGCACUAAUGGCAUCAAGAGUGCCCUACACCAUUAUCAGAGCUGGUUUGCUGAAGAACACACCCGGAAGGCAGCGUUUCAGCUUUGAAAAGGGUUGUGCAACGCAAGGAAGCCUUAGCAAGGAGGAUGCUGCCUUCAUCUGUGCAGAAGCUCUUGAUGCAGUCCCAGGGAAAGGAUUCAUAUUUGAGGUGGUUAAUGGUGAAGAGGCUGUCUCAGAUUGGAAAAAGCGCUUUGCUGCAUUGAUGGAGAAAUCAGGAUCUUAGAUUGGUCCAUCAAGAUGUUUGGUGAGACUUCCUCUUCAUCGUGGUAAGCAACAGGUGUUUAGCCAUACAAUGAGCAAAUACAGGCAUCAGGAAAGUUAUUGCUACUUCAAGAUCACGAUUUCCAUUUAUUGCUAAACUUCUCGUUGUGGAUUUAAAACUCUUGCAAACUUCUGUGGUCCAGGGAGUUCUUUAGAUUUUGCUGGCGUUCUGCUCAUGCACGCCUUCUUUC